GCCGCAAGUUUCUCGAUCCUUCUUCUCAUGCUCGCGACGACGUCGAGGCUCGUGCUGCGGCCGAUGGCGGCCCGGAGUUUGCCGCGAAGGGACUUUUCCAAGGAGGCGUUCGCCAAGCACACGGCCAAGUUCAAGGAGAUCAUGAAGCAGUACGGCAAGGUCGCCGUCGUUGUGCACUCGUCGGUCUUUGUGACCACGCUCGGCGUUGCCUUCUCGGCCAUCGAGUAUGGCAUCGACAUCCGCGAAGCCCACAUUCCGUUCGUCGACAUGUCCAAGAUCGACCCGAACGCGGGCACGCUCCUGCUCGCCUACUUGGCGACCGUUGCCACAGGCCCAGUACGCGGCGGACUCACGAUCGCCGUCACGCCGUGGAUCGCUCGCUUCCUGCGCAAGCGUGGCAAGUGGGCGCCACCUCCGACCACGCCCAAGUAAGACAUAGACGCCAACCACUUUAAAUACACAGCAUUGCCUGACGCAUUGUCGCUCGA